UACAAUACAGUGUUGCAUAGUUUGCUAAAAUAUUUUAAUAUAUAUUUCCUAUACUGUACCAUAUGGUAUAUAAAGUAACAUAUUAAACUUUAGAAAACUUUGCAAAAUUGUAAAACCAUGGGACUUAUAUUGCCCUAAUUUCAUCCCUAUGGGCUUUUUUGGUGGGUGUGAUAUCACCAGCAUAGUGCAUGCUGAGAUAUCACAGGAAUUGGGAGCUGGCAAUCCACAGUGAAUCUGGACAUCACACACCUGAAAACAACUAAAAAAGGUAAGAUUUAAGUUAUAAGUGCUGAAUGCUCCUCUUAUUGUGCUUAUUUAGGAGGAUUCAGCAUAUAUUUCUAAAGCAAUCUGUUUUUUAUUAAAUGGGGAGGCAGCAUUAUCUAAUGUUUAUAGUGGAGAACUCAGAGCCAGGAGACUUGUGUUCUGUUCAUCAUUUUUUACUGACUUACUGUGUGAUGUAGAAACUUUUAUUCCUGACUUAAAACAAAUACUUUAAAAAAUGUGAAUUUAGUAUUCCUAAAGGCACUGGAUUAACAGCCUAUGUAACUGGAGUCCUCUUAAGAAGUCCAUGUAUUGUGUAUGGGUGGUGUUCAAGCAAGCAUCUAGACACUGCUUAUCAUCAAAGAGGAAAUCUCUGGGAAUUAGAAAUUAGUUCAGUUCUCAGUCUCUGCUAAGACUACGGACAAAAUUUAAUUACUGCUAACUAUGUUGGGUUUUUUUCCCCUAAUAUGACUGUCUCUGGAAAGUGGACUUACUUCAUGUAAACUAGCGAAGUAGGUGGUAGAACUUAUAGUUAACUUUUUAAUUGCUACUGAGGUAGAGCAAGAUAUGUUUCAUCAUUCUAGAAGUGAAAACAACUAUAUUCCAUUACCAUUCCUUCAAACCAUCCAGUUUUCCUAAAUUUAUCUAUUAUGUUACAGAUUUAUUUCAGGAGUUGACUCCAAAUUUUGUUACAUUCAGUUUAAGCAUUUUGAGUAUAUUUCAGCUCCACUUAUUAAAAGAGGAGCGGCUUGAUUUUUCAGAGAGUCUAAGUAUAUAUGGUUUAGGACAAACUUGUUGAUUUCUGUUUCAGUUGUAUGCGCUUAGCCCCUCUCAGAAUCAGGCUGAGGAUGUUUGUUGGUUUAGAAAUACUUUUAAUAUUUUAGUUAUUGCAGUAAUGUUGCCUGCUAGAGCAGGGAUUUAGAAUUUUUAACAGAUGUAGUUAAAAAUAAGUUGUAUUAAGAGAUAAGAUACAAUAAACAUCAAUAUACACUAUAUGAAUGUUUCACUUUAUCCCUUACUGAAAAUAUUUAUUUAUUUUUAAAGUAUUUUACAAUGGAGUAUUUUUUUUAACAGGGUCUCUGUUUCAUUGGCACUGGUGCUCUGAUAAAGCAAGAAAGCAACCAACCUCUAAAAUAUUUUAUUCAUUCUUAGAAUUAUAUCAGCAGACACACAGGAACAUUUGGUCAUUUUCAUCACUCCGUACCUUGAAUAUUUUGAAACUUUUUAAAGAAAAUUCAUGUAAUUGAUUAUUCCACUGUUCCUGAUAGGAGGAGGCCUCCACUUUUGAACAGUCUUUAAAGUGUUAACAUAUUUAUUUGGCGUAUUUAAAUUAAUUUUGUGUAAAAGCUGUAAAUUAAGCAUCAUCCAGUUUUCUGUUUUUUAAAGGCAUCAUCUUGAAAUCACAUUUACCUCAAAGUUUUAUACCUAUUAUACUUACAAGUAACCCCUUAGUGUAAAUUUUUCUAUACUUUUGUUUUAUUUUGUACAUCUAACAGCACUUUGUAUAGUCAGUUUCAUUCUUCUCCUGUAUAGUCAGUUUCCAAUACUGCAAAGAUUUACAAAUGGAACUACUCACUUUGGUAGAACAAAUCAUAUGCAGAAAUAUUUGCAAUAUUGAGGACUUAAUUGGAAAAACAUCAAAAAUGGAACAGAAAAUCUUAUAAUUUUUAAAGGAUUUUUAAAUGAAAAGAACCAGGUCAUUAAAGAUGCUUUAUCAGAAAAUUAGUCUGUUCCAAGAUAUUAUAAAAUACUCAGAUGCAAAAUAUUUAAGUAUUUAAAUAUUAGCACCACUUAAUAGACAAAACAUUGGUUGUCUGAGCUCUACCUUCCUUCCUUUCCUUUAAAAGGCACAUGGAUAGUUGGAUUUAGUCUUAUCUCUGGAAACACCAUUCUGAUAACAUGAGCAUGCUCUAAUAAUACAUGCUAUAGCUGCUUCAUAUAAAAAAUGUGUGUCAACAGCCUGAUACAGUUCUGUUUUCAGUAGCUCCAGUAUUUUCUGACUCAUUCAAAGACUUCUGAGAUUCACAAGUUUCAUCAGUGACACCAAAAAAACCUGCUGCAGUUGAUGGAUGAUGUUGGAGAAAAAUUAGACCAUAUUGGAAGCACACCUUUAAAAAUCAGCACUGAGGUUUCACACGAUGAUGUUUCUAAAGACGAUGGGUUUGGUUCAGAAGUUAUAAAAGUGUAUAUAUUUAAAGCUGAAGCUGAGGAUGAUGUGGAAAUAGGAGGAACAGAAAUUGUCACAGAGAGUGACUUUCACAAUGGACAUUCUGUAGCUGGAGUAAUUGAACAGGGAGGUAUAGGCAGAAUGCAGCGAGAGAAGAUGGUUUACAUGGCUGUUAAGGACUCUUCUCAGGAAGAUGAAGAUAUUAGUUGUGCUGAAAUAGCAGAUGAAGUUUAUAUGGAAGUCAUUGUAGGUGAAGAGGAAGCAACAUCACUUCCCGACACACAACUUGAAGACUCUGGUGUGAAUAAAACUUUUGUUCCUGUUGCUUGGGCUGCUGCUUAUGGAGAUGAAAGAAGACUGCCCAGAAGGUAUGAAGACUGUCAAGCAGCAGGAAAUAACUUGGAUACACGAUUAGAAAACAAAAAUGGUAAUGCAGCACAGUACCUGCAAAUCUGUGAUAGCAUUAACACAAAUAGAGCGCUUAAACAAAAAGCCAAGAAGAGGAGGAGGGGAGAAACCAGGCAGUGGCAAACAGCUGUUAUAAUAGGUCCUGACGGACAGCCCUUAACUGUCUACCCUUGUCACAUAUGUGGGAAAAAAUUUAAAUCCAGAGGAUUCCUGAAAAGGCAUAUGAAGAACCACCCAGAUCAUAUGAUUAAGAAGAAAUACCAGUGUACGGACUGUGACUUUACAACUAACAAAAAAGUAAGUUUCCACAACCAUCUGGAAAGCCAUAAACUUAUAAAUAAAGUUGACAAAACCCAUGAGUUUACAGAAUAUACAAGGAGAUACAGAGAGGCAAGCCCAUUGAGUUCUAAUAAACUGAUAUUGAGGGACAAGGAGCCUAAACUACACAAAUGCAAAUACUGUGACUAUGAGACUGCAGAACAGGGACUGCUGAAUAGACAUCUGCUUGCAGUUCACAGUAAGAACUUUCCUCAUGUUUGUGUUGAGUGUGGGAAAGGAUUCCGUCAUCCAUCUGAGCUUAAAAAGCAUAUGAGGACCCACACAGGGGAAAAGCCAUACCAGUGUCAGCACUGUGUCUUCAGAUGUGCUGAUCAAUCCAAUCUGAAAACACACAUAAAAACCAAACAUGGGACUGAUUUACCAUUUAAAUGUGAACACUGUCCCCAAGCAUUCACAGAUGAAAAAGAACUUCUUCAGCACACAGAGUUAUUUCAAGGACAUAAGACUCAUCAGUGUCCACAUUGUGACCAUAAGAGCACCAACUCAAGCGACCUGAAACGACACAUUAUUUCGGUUCACACGAAGGACUUUCCCCACAAAUGUGAGGUGUGUGAAAAAGGCUUCCAUCGUCCAUCUGAGCUCAAAAAGCAUAGUGAAACCCACAAAGGUAAAAAGAUACAUCAGUGUAGGCACUGUGACUUUAAAACUUCAGAUCCUUUUGUACUUAGUGGGCAUAUCCUCUCAGUUCACACCAAGGACCUGCCUUUUAAAUGCAAAAGGUGCAAGAGAGGAUUUAGGCAGCAAAAUGAACUUAAGAAGCACAUGAAGACCCACAGUGGAAGAAAAGUGUAUCAAUGCCAGUAUUGUGAAUAUAGCACUACGGAUGCAUCAGGCUUUAAACGACAUGUAAUAUCAAUACACACAAAAGACUAUCCACACAGGUGUGAAUACUGCAAAAAGGGGUUCCGUAGACCAUCAGAAAAAAAUCAACAUAUAAUGAGGCAUCACAAAGAGGCCAUAAUGUAAUAUAUGAUGUUGAGAAGGAAGCAAUUUAGAAACUGUGAUAUGCUAAUUGGGGAAAAAAAUCUCAUGAACUGUUUCUCCUGGUUUCAAAGCUUGAUAUUAAAUCAUAACUUUACAUUCUUUAUAUUAAAAGUCUUAAAAGUAUUAAGGUUGACAGGGGUCUCAUAGUCCUAAGAUUGUGGCUUAUCAGAACCUAAAGAGCACUAUAGAAUGCAGAAAGAUGGAUGAAUGUCUGAAAGGUUGCAGAAGGAUUGCUGAAUGUCUUCUAUUUAAUAGUAUUAUACAUUGUUAAGCUACAGAGUGAAAAUGAAGAUGAUUGUGUUAACCAUUUAAUCAGUAACAGCAUUUGUCUCCAAUAUGAAAACUUCAGUUGUGGUGGGGUAUUUACAAACUUUUUGUCAAGGCAACCAAUUCUGGCUUUUUAUGCAGUUUUGAAAAGAAUAUAAGGCAAUCACUUGGUCAUUAUGUUUUUAAAUUGUGCCUGGAAAUUGAAUUCCAGAACUGGUCAAAUUUGGGGGUUUCUCCCUUUUUUUUUUUUUUAACAUUUCAUUGGGAAACCUUUUUGUUUCCUUUAUUAGUCUAGGUUCAGUGAGUAAUUUUUUAAAACUAUUUUCAGAGCUGCUAACCUAUUUUAUGGCAGGAUAUGAUGUUAAAAAUAUUGCAUAAUGUUAUGAGCUCAAAGGUGGUGGUCCGGUGCUAGGGUUAAAAAUAUGUAUGUAUAUAAUUUCCCUUUUUUAUCUGAAACUGCAGUUGAAUGUUGUUUAGUAUGGCACAUGACAAAUACCUUUGAAUCUGUCAUUUCUUUUAAAAGGAAAAAAUGAAUGCAGCUGAUAGUGUUGUCUCAACACUGUUUUUUUUUUUUCAUUACUACUUUAAGAUCUCUAAAAAGAGUAUUAAAAAAGAUUCAAAGAACACAAUAGUUUUCUUGAAUUAAAAUACAAAAUACUUAGAGGUUCUUUAGGGCAGUGUUUAUAACAGGUAUGUCUAUUCUAGUCCUACCUGCUCAUAUAAAAUUUUCAGUAUAGACAUAAAAUUGCACCUUUUAAUCGGUUCUUUAAAAAUCUCUACCAUACUAUAAACAUGCAUUUUCAAUCUGUAAGAAAGUAUAUAUGCAGUAUUUAACCAGAAAAAUAUGCUGCCACUAGAGUUUGGAGGUGGAUCUUCAGUUUACAGUGUAUACAUUUAAAAUAUGCAUCCCUUUAAACAAUGCUUUGUGUUAGCAUGCUGCAAAUCAAAUGGCGCUUAAUAUAACAAGCUGGUCUAGGGCUAUUUAAUGAAAAACCUGUUCAUAAAUGUUAUGCAUAUAAUGUGUACUUUUUUACUUUUAGUUGCUUCAUGUUUGCACACAGCUGUUCACAUGAUAAAUUGUAACUUUACUUCAUGCUAUAUUGUGGCUUUGUGUUUCAGAUAAUGUUCAUAUUUUGUUUUUGCACCAGAUGAGAAUCAGUUCCCUGAGAAUAAAUUUUUUUUAUAUUUCUAAACUUCAGAAAGCUAAAUUGGGAAAUCUCUUAGAAAAAUAAGUGUUUUAUGUGGCUGUAAAAAAUGAUGUACACGCUGUAAAAUAAGAUUGUCACUGUUACGUGGGAUUAUUAUUUCUAAAUGUGUUACUCAUCGUAAUGAGCAUACAAUAAAAUGCAUCUCUUGCACUCCAAGGUU